CAAAAUUAUUCUGAAAUAUGACAAUCUGUCAAUCUUAUCUUCUCACUGUUAUGUUAUUAGGACCAUUGAUCUAAAUUUUUCAUGCCUAUUGCAUCAAAAAACUUAGGCACAGUACAAAAAUAAUUAUGGCUCAAACGGCGGGCGUAAAGCCCAUGACCAUAGCUGGUCGUGUGGCUAAUGAAAGGGAAAGAUGUAUUGGAAUGACUGAUGCUGAAAGGCAAUGGCGAAAGCAGUGGUUAAAAGAUCAAAUUUUGGCUCCUAAUGAACCCGUACACGUAGAAGAAUACUGGAAGGAACGUAUAAAUCCUAUCCGGCGAUUCUACCGUAAACCAUUAGAUUCAUUAUACGAGAAACUAACACCCGUUUUGGGAGCACCGCGAGCAUCCGAUUAUAGAUAUAUCACUGGAAAACUGGGACUAAUUGCUUUUGGUAUUUUAGCAACACAUUACUAUUUCAAGUACAGUGGAAAUGAUUGGACUAAAAAAGGAGGAUGGAGAGUUUUAAAAUCUAAACCAAUGGUAUUGCCUGGACAACCAGGUUUCCCAUUCAAAUCUGACCGUACAUUUGAUAAUGACUAUGCUGAUAGAGGAUUCAAAAAUUCCACCAUUAAUAAUUAAUAAGUAAAUAGUGAUGAGCAGACUUGAUAUAAUUUUCAUAUAAUUGUUAGUUCAAUUUAUUUUUUAAAUACAAACAUUUAAAUCAAAGUUUCUGCUUAUGUAGAGUGGAUAAUAAAAACAAUAUUUCAA